UUGCUUCUUAAACGAUUUUGUUCUGAAAACUUUUUUGAGAGAAAAAUCAAGGAAGAGCAUAGAGAAGGCGCAGGAGUGAGGCCAAGGGACAGCCAGCCAGAGAGAGCGAGCGAGAGAGAGAGAGGAGAUGGGGAGAAUCCCUAUGGCGGCUUCUUCCUCCCUCCACCUCGCCACCUUGCGCCUUCCUCCCCUCUCCUCUUCACUGGCCCCAUCUUCCAGACUCGCCGCCAGCGCCCGCUUCGGAGUAUCACUGUCCGUGUCUCGUUCCUCCCGUAGAAUUGCUCUCUUCCACCUGGGCAGCGCUAUUCCCCAAGCACAGUUGUUUGGAGUCAGAUCCUCAAAUUUGUUAAGAAUAGAAGGAAGUGCAGCCGAAGCUGGAACAGCGGGGAAUGCAGCACAAGCUAGCACCGCCAUAAGCCAGGAAGUUGAUUUAAACUGGGUUAAGAAGGAUAAACGUAGGCUACUCCACGUGGUUUAUCGCGUGGGAGACUUGGACAAGACCAUCAAAUUUUACACGGAAUGCUUGGGAAUGAAGCUGUUGAGAAAACGUGAUAUCCCUGAAGAGCGAUACACAAAUGCUUUUCUUGGAUAUGGACCUGAAGAUUCACACUUCGUUGUGGAGCUCACUUACAAUUAUGGAGUGGAUCACUACGAUAUAGGAACAGGUUUCGGACACUUUGGUAUUGCUGUUGAGGACGUUUACAAGACAGUUGACCUUAUAAAAGCUAAGGGAGGAAAGGUCACCAGGGAGCCUGGUCCUGUCAAAGGUGGUACUAGUGUGAUUGCUUUUGUGGAAGAUCCUGAUGGAUAUAAAUUUGAGCUCAUUGAAAGAGCACCCACACCUGAACCCCUCUGUCAGGUCAUGCUUAGGGUUGGAGAUAUAGAUAGAUCAAUUGAUUUUUACAAAAGGGCUUUUGGUAUGGAGCUUCUCCGUAAGCGUGAUAAUCCAGCGUACAAGUAUACAAUUGCCAUGAUGGGUUAUGGACCUGAAGAUAAAAAUGCUGUACUAGAGUUGACAUACAACUAUGGGGUCACAGAAUAUGACAAAGGAAAUGCCUAUGCACAGAUUGCCAUUGGCACAGAUGAUGUAUAUAAAACUGCAGAAGUGGUUAAACUUGCUGGGGGGAAAAUUACACGUGAACCUGGGCCAUUGCCAGGUAUCAACACCAAAAUCACUGCCUGCUUAGAUCCUGAUGGUUGGAAGACGGUGUUUGUUGAUAAUGAGGACUUUGCGAAGGAACUAGAAUGAGGAGAGCAGUGGAAAUACUGAGUAGUUGGCAAAGAGCCGCUGCAAUGCUCGUCCAUUCUUUUUGUCACCCCAAUCGGCGUUCCUCGCUAAUUGUUCUCAGAAGAGUGGAACUCAUGAAGUUCAUAUUAUAUAAAUAGCCCUCUUCCCAGUUGUCUCUGUAAAUCAGGAAAUAAGCUUAGGCCUCUCUCUCUCAUUUCUGUAGGCAUGCCAGAUGUAUCUUUUUCCCUGAAUGUGUUAUUAAUGUGCAUUCCUUUAUACUCCA